AUGUCUCUCCUUCACAAUGAAGACUUCACUAUCUGGCAAUUACGAUCCUCCUACCUUACUACAAUCAAAGACGGCAUCGGAGACCGACUGAUAAACGUCAACAAUUCCGUCCUCAAUACCCCCGGAUUUCGCGCUGCGGGCUGGUCGACUGCUACCAACAACAACAAUGCCAGCAGCGCAUCCUCGCUCAAACGUACAUACUCUCCACCCAUUCCUACCACAGCAGCAGUCUCCUCAGAAUACUAUCGACUCGCGGUACGAGACGCGAACGCUGCGCGAGAUGAACUCCAAGGUCUUGGUCUGGAGGAUGGUGAGGAGGACGAAGGUGGCAUGGUCACUGGGAAGAGCACCGUGGAUAUCACAGCGCGACGGCACCAAGAUCGAGCUGCGAAGAAGAAGCUCCGGCGAGAUCGUCAGCAGGAAGUGCAACGGCAAGCGGAUGCGGAAGAUGACGAUAGUAGUGACCUGAGCGACAGUGAUGACGAUGGGGAUAAUCUACGACGGUCAAUCGAUCAAAUCGAUUUUCCCAAAAUGCCCAUUCGCCGAGACCGAUCCGAUUCCUCCCCUAUUCGAGGGGAACAGCGUGAGCGCCCCGAACUCAUGAUCCCAUCACCCGCAACGCAUCACAAUGGAACCCACCACCGAGCAGGAUCCCUGGGGACAUCUGUCAAGAGUCAAGGACGACGACCGCGGCGCGAUACGGCUACAAGUAGUGAGCUGUCAACGGAUAAUGAGGUCGACACACAAGGGUACAAGCCGGGGCAAGUUCAAUUCGCGACCACCAGUGAAGUGAUAGAGCGACGUCGUAGACGACGAGAGAGGACUGGUAGCCGUGGGGCGGAAAGUUUGGCCCUCGAGGACCUGCAAGAGCAGGACGAAGACUCCGGGGCCGAGUCGGUUGGAUCCGCUCUUUCCUCUGAAUUUGAUGCUACGGCUGGAUCAGGCUCACUACUACUGGCUGGUGUGGGCAUGAGCGGUGCCUUAGACUCAUCGUCACCGGUAGCCCUCAUGCACAAACUCCCGACCGGCACUGGCCCUGAAAGCAACUCCCCCAGAAAGUCGAAGACAGUUCCCACCCCCGAGCUACAUGAUCUUCCACCACCACGACCUAUCAGCACUUUGCAGCCUGUGAGCUUGCUGACCCAGCAAAUCAAUGCCCGGACACGCGCCCCAAGCAAUCCGGUCGAGAAAUUUAUGGUGCUAUCUGGAUCUGGCCAGGUAGAUCCAUUGUAUCUGAAGAUCUACCUACCAUUCUCAUCAGAUCCCGAGGAGCCAUUGGAUCUGCCACUCAUGAGAGAAUCGAAGCUCUCCGACCACCCUGCGCACGUGACUGUCGCCGAAGCGAUUGGUCUAGCCCUAUGGAAGUACUCUGAAGAUGCGCGGGUUCCCUCCUUGGAGCGUGCGAAGCUGAAUGUGAAUCGCUGGGCGCUACGAAUGGUCGACGACGGCGAAGUGGAGUAUGACUUUCCAGCUCUUGGCCGAGCACUUCCCAUGACGGACUUUACAUCCAACAAUAACCAAGCGGCGAAAUCGCGAGGACGUUCACGUGGAAAACCAUACGAUGAGUUUGCACUAGUUGAAGCGUCUACGGCCGAGUUCGAAGAGAACGAAAGGCUGUAUCCUCAGUACAGCCAGAGUUUAGAAACCGAGGAAAGCGAACCAAUAGCCGUGGUCCCAGGCGUCCAGCCCGUACCACAGAUCAAACUCACACUUGGGCGCCAGAAUCCAAUUCUGGGUCAGCCAUUCUCGUCUGCCCUCAAUGACAACACAUUGACUCCUGCGGAUCGACCCGCAGUCCCCAUAUCCCAUGCAACACCUCGUAUUGGAGUUACUAAGACUCUGAAGGUGCGUUUCCUCGAUCUCGAUGUCCCGGCGCAGUUUACGACUUUCAGCACCACCAGCGAUACCUAUAUUGCGGAGAUUCUAGACUCUCUAUGCAAACGCUGGAGGCUGAAUAAAGGAAACCACGUUCUAAAGGUCAUGGGGUCAAACACCGUCGCGCCGCUCGAUCGGACGGUGGAAGCCCUGGGCAACAUAACCGAUCUCGACCUCGUCAGGCGACGUUUCGGAGCAGGGCCAUUGGCACUUGGUGGUUCACCAGGCAGCUCAUCGCCGAAUGCACCACUUCAGGUGGAUAGCAACGCCGCCACGUCAGCUGCAGUUAAAAAGAGUAAGAAGGGCAACCAUAUGCUCCCCUCUUCUACCCAGAAGCAGGACCUGAUCGGAGGCUACUAUCGUCGGUACCAUGUUUACCGCAAGCAACCCAUGUCUUUCACCGCUUCCAAUCAUCGUAUUCUCACUUUCGAUAACGACUACAUGCAUAUCGUGCCCGGAGAAACAGGGAAGACCGUUUCCGAUUCCAAAACUCGUUCCAUCAAUUUCAAUGAUGUGGUUGGUUGCAAAGUGAGUCGGCGACACCCGAAGAGUUUCCGGGUCGUUGUCCUGCGUGGCAACGAAGCCAAUGAGCAGAAGCGGUAUGACUUUGAGGCUCGUAACGCCCUAGAAGCAGUUGAGAUCGUGGAUGAAAUCAAGAAGAACAUGGCGCAAUAUCGUGUUUGA